UCCAGCGCCCCCUGGCGGCUCCAUGGGUUUCAGAACCUCUUGGAGCGCAGCCAGGGCACAGAGGGCGAAGCCAGGGCAACCAGCGCGAAGCCACAGAUCAGUGAAGAUGGCUCUGUCCCAAACUGAUCGCAGGUUGGUCCUCGCGCUCUGGAAGAAGAUGGGUAGCAAUGUUGGAAUCUACACGACCGAGGCCUUGGAGAGGACCUUCCUGGCUUUCCCAUCCACCAAAACCUACUUCCCACACUUGGACCUGAAACCAGGUUCCAGCCAGGUUAAAGCCCAUGCCCAAAAGUUGGCCGAUGCACUGACGCUCGCUGCCCACCACUUGGACGACCUGCCUAGUUCUCUGUCUGCUCUCAGUGAUCUACACGCACACGAGCUCCGCGUGGACCCUGCUAACUUUCAGUUCUUUAGCCACUGUCUGCUGGUGACUCUUGCCCGGCACUAUCCCGGAGACUUCACCCCGGAGAUGCAUGCCUCCUUGGACAAGUUUCUGGGUCACGUGACUUCGGCACUGGUCUCCAAGCAUCGCUGAACUGAGGAUACACAGC